CGGGUCCACGUAUUGAGAAGAUCAUCCAUAUCCUCUUCGACAUAUAAUGACAUUUGGCCGUAUUAAUCCAAACAAUACUUCUCUUACAUGUUCACCGGUUAAACCCCGGCGGUAGCCAAGUGACCUGGGACAUUUUGACAUUUGGACGUCGUUUCAAACGGAUACAAAAUGUCUUGGUUUGCUGACUUGGCUGGGAAAGCUGAAGACUUCCUGAAUAAAGUGGACCAGGGAGCUGCCACUGCCCUGACCAAAAGUCAGGCAAGAACAUCCUCCUUUUCGUCAUCGUAUGAAGAAGAAUCAACUGUCAAACAUGAAUACAAUACUGCAGGGUACAAGACCAAUGCAGCUGUGACACAUCACACCUAUGCAUCCUCUGAUGAUGCACCGAGCUACAUCUCUGCAGCAGCUGGCAACAUCAAGAGAUCCAAUGCAACCCUGCUGGCCAGUAGUGCCAACAUAGCCAGUAGCCCCUCUGGUUCUAGCAGUGCCCCCAACUCUGCCAAGACCUCAUCUGGCUUUGUGAGGCCCAAAAAGAGCGAGGAGCAUGUGGACGACGACAUGCUCUUUGACUUUCUGAACAGCUCGGACCCUCCAGUCAACAACAGGAGGGAUUCAAGGAGAGAACUUGUGAAAGUGACAGUUCCGGUUGCGGAGGCCCAAAACCCAACACCUCCUCUUUCCACCACUCCCCAUACCAUCCCCUCAGCCCCAUCGACGCCCCCCUCAACCAGGGGUGUAUCCAGGGCGUCUAGCAUGAGCUCACUGUCUGCUCACAGCAUCAAAACAUCAGAGGAGAGCUCUGCUAAAGAACAAAGCCACGAUACACCUGAGAGUUCCGACUCAGGCUUGGCUGUCCCUCAGGAGUCCAGCAGCCAGGAGCCUCCUCCUCCUCCUCCUCCCACAGAGGAGCCACAGAGCCAGAUCUUGUCCAGUCUACGUCUGGAGAAUCAGCUGCUACGCAGUGAGGUGGCCUCCCUUAACCAGGAGAUGGCUUCAGUCAUCCAGAGAGCAAAAGACUUACAAGAUGAAUUGAACCAGACGCGUCUCCGUGCAGACAAGUGGAACUCAGAGCAGUCUCAGACUGACCGGAUGAUACGGGAACUUCGGUCACAUGUUGAUGACCUCACAGAAGCCCUCUCUGCCAAAGACAGUCAACUUGCAGUCCUGAAAAUCAGACUUGAUGAGGCCGAUCAGCUACUGAAGUCCCGCUGUGCUGCGCUGGAUGAAGCCCAGAAGGAGAAGUCAAGAAUUAUGCAAGACCUCACAGAAGGGAGCAGCAUGCAGUCCCAAGCUCUUGAAACGAUACAGGAGAGGCUGCGAGAGGCUGAAACGGCUCUCAGGAGGGAACAGGACAGCUACAGGCAGAUGCAGAGUGAGUUUACUGGCCGCCUGUCCAAAGUGGAGGCUGAGAGGCAGACCCUUGCAGAGACGGUGGCUGCGGCAGAGCGGCGAGGUGGAGAGGAGAAGCUCAGGGUCGACGACCUCCAACAGCAGCUGAAAAGUGCCAAAGCUGCAGCUGAGUCUGCCAAACAGGAGUUACAUGACUACAAGCACAAAGCCUCACGCAUCCUUCAAUCCAAAGAGAAGCUGAUCAGCAGUCUGAAGGAGGGAUCUGGUCUGGACACCCUGGACGGCAGUGGGGCCAUGGCUCUGGAGCUGGAGGAUCUGCGUCAUGAGAAGGAACUGCAGAGGGAGGAGAUCCAAAAACUACAGGGGCAAGUGCAUUCACUUAGGACAGAAAUACAGGAUUUGGAGAAUCAGGCCCUGACAGAGGCAGAGACAUGGCGGGAGCAGCAUGUGCAGUUUGAGGAGCAGCAGGCCUCACAGAACAGAGCUAAGCAGGAGGUGGAGGCUGAGGUCGAGCGCUACAAACAGGAGCUGCAGUACUUAGAGGAAGAGCAACAUCGAGCCAAAACCACUCUGCAGAGCAGAAUCAAGGACAGAGAAGAUGAAAUUCAAAAACUCAGGAACCAGCUGACCAACAAGACAAUUAGCAACAGCCAAACAGAGCUGGAGAAUCGUCUCCACCAGCUGACAGAGACCCUGAUCCAGAAGCAGACGAUGCUGGAGGCUCUGGGCACAGAGAAAAGCUCCCUGGUCUUCCAGCUGGAGCGUCUGGAACAGCAGCUGAAGAGCACUCAGGGAGGAGAGAGUGGAGGUCCAGCCAUCAACAUGAGUGGUCUAGAGGGUCCAGGGGCACGACAAAGAAACACACCAAUCCUCUUCAGUGAUCACGACAGUCCAGGAGUGUAUGGCAAAGUACGCAAGGCAGCCAGCACCAUUGAUCGUUUCAGCAUCAGAUUGGGCAUCUUCUUAAGGCGCUACCCUAUGGCCAGAGUUUUUGUUAUCCUGUACAUGGCGGUACUGCACUUAUGGGUCAUGAUUGUUCUCCUGACUUACACACCAGAAAUGCACCAUGGUCAUCCUGAUGGACGAUAGGACGCAUGAAUUUUGCAGUUGGGUGUUAAAAGAUGUUUGUUGUACGGCCUUCAAUGUAAGGAUGAUACAAGCUGCUAGAAUAUGGGCUCCUGGUCCUGACUCUUUCCAUUUUGCACAGAAAUGCUACAAAUUAAAGACAUUUCCUCUGACAUAUUCUUUAUUGUUUCCAUCUUAAGAUUGACAGCGGCAUUGGAUUUUAAAAUAAUUAUAAAGUGACAGGUUUAUUGUACUGGUGGACUGCUGAAAGGACAUUAAAUCAAAUGUGAUCUCACAUCUUUUUUUCUCAUCAUCUGCUUUCAGACCUCUGUUCUCUUGAGAGAUUGUAUUUAACACUGUGUAAAAAAGUAAAUCUUUUAAUAAACGAGUUAGA